CAGUGGACAGCUCCUCUCGUCACUUGACUAACCAAGUCCUCUGCUAUAGUAAGGCUACUUAAAAGGGGAAUUAACUCCUAGGUUUUACUUGGGUAGAAGUACCUUUUUUGGUCUACUUUGGAUAUUUUUCACAAACUUUUACAUUUCUUUCUUUCUGAGAAUAAGAAUAGUUAUUGGCCAUGGCAGAGAGGAAACUUCUCCCAAGAGAUAGUGACGAUGAAGGGUCGUUGCUGUCUAGACUGGGGACAGACAGCCCGAAACCCAGAGUAAAAUUCGGCGGCAUGUUCUGCAACGUGGAAGGCGCUUAUGAGAAUAAAACUUUACAUUUUGAGUCGUACAACAGCAGCCCCCAGUCUGUGAGACGACACGUUAAGAUUAAGAACGAGGAGAAAUGCUGGUCGGAUACUUUCAGUGACACCGGGAGUGUGAGUAACUUCUCGUCGGUCAGUGAGACCAGACCAAGUGGAAACAGAGCAGUUGUGGCUGAAACCGGCUCCUCGCGGGGUCAAAUCGUUUACCAGACUGGAUCUGGACACAACAGUGAGCACAAUGGAAAACAGGAGACGGAUCGCCUCAUUAUCAAAGGAGGAAAGAUCGUUAAUGACGACCAGUCUUUCUACGCAGACGUCUAUGUGGAGGAUGGGACCAUCAAGCAGAUUGGUGAGAACCUUUUAGUUCCAGGAGGGGUGAAGACGGUUGAUGCCUACGGACACAUCGUGAUCCCCGGGGGCGUCGAUGUGAACACCAGCCUCCAGACCUCCCAGCUGGGCAUGAGCCCUUCAGAUGACUUCUACCACGGGACCAAGGCUGCCCUGGCAGGGGGCACCACCAUGAUCAUCGACCAUGUGGUCCCUGAGCCUGGUGCCACCCUCCUGGGGGCCUACGACCAGUGGAAGGACAUAGCAGACAGGGGGUCCUGCUGUGAUUACUCUCUCCACAUGGACAUCACCCGCUGGCACGACGGACUCUUUGAAGAGAUGGAGAGCCUGGUGAAGGAUAAAGGAGUCAAUUCCUUCUUGAUCUUCAUGGCUUACAAGGACAAAUUCCAGAGCUCAGAUAGUCAGAUGUAUGAGAUUUUUGGUAUCAUUAGAGACCUGGGUGCCAUCGCUCAGGUUCACGCUGAGAACGGAGACAUCAUUGACGAGGAGCAGAAGCGACUACUGGAGCUGGGGAUCACUGGGCCUGAGGGACAUGUGCUGUGUCACCCAGAGGAGGUGGAGACAGAGGCAGUGUACCGGGCCAUCACCAUCGCCAAGCAGGCCAACUGUCCUCUCUACAUCACUAAGGUGAUGAGCAAGUCGGCUGCUGAUGUCAUUGCCAAGGCCAGGAAGAAGGGCAUGGUGGUUUAUGGCGAGCCAAUCACAGCCAGCCUUGGGACAGAUGGAUCACACUAUUGGAGUAAGAACUGGGCUAAGGCUGCAGCAUUCGUCAUGUCCCCGCCCCUCAGCCCAGACCCCAGCACCCCUGACUACCUCAACUCCCUGCUUUCCUGUGGAGACCUUCAGGUGACGGCCAGUGGCCACAGCACCUUCUCGACGGCCCAGAAGGCUGUUGGGAAAGACAACUUCACCCUCAUCCCUGAGGGAACUAACGGCAUCGAGGAGAGGCUAGCCAUCGUCUGGGAGAAGGCUGUGGCGACAGGCAAGAUGGAUGAGAAUGAGUUUGUUGCGGUGACGAGCACCAACGCUGCCAAGCUGUUCAACCUGUAUCCUCGUAAAGGAAGGAUUGCUGUGGGGUCAGACGCAGACAUCGUGAUCUGGAACCCCAAGGAGACCAAGACCAUCUCAGCCACGACCCACGCACUGACAGUGGAGAUAAACAUCUUUGAGGGCAUGGAGGUGCGGGGAGCCCCGGUGGUGGUGAUCAGCCAGGGAAAGAUCGUCCUGGAGGGGGGCAAGCUGAACGUCACAGAGGGCUCUGGACGCUUCGUACCCAGGAAAGCUUACCCUGACUACAUCUACAAGAGGAUAAAAGCACGCAGCAAGAUGGCUGAUGCCCGUGGCGUCCCCCGAGGGAACUAUGAUGGACCGGUCCAUGAUGUCAUCAGCAUGACUAAGUCAGUGCCGGCCACUCCCUCCAGCAGGGGGCCCCAGUGCCCAGGGAAGGGCCCCCUCGGCCCCACCAGGAACCUGCACCAGUCUGGUUUCACCCUAUCCGGUAUGGGAACUCAGAUUGACGAUCACAUCCCACGACGCUCAGCACAGAGGAUCGUGGCGCCACCCGGUGGCCGCUCCAAUAUCACCUCCCUGUCGUGAACCUGGGAGCUCCUUGCUCCUCACGUCUGCUGUAGGGAGAAAGAUAAAUCAACUACUGUAGCAACAACCAACUACAUCAAUCAAAACAAAUCUCACCUGGCUUCCAGAACUCAACUCAACAGUGAAACCUGAAAAUGCAGUCUUCUUCUCAGAUACAACUGUAAAAUGGGAUACAGCAUAGAACUACAUUUACCACUAGUAGUUACCAGUCAUUGUAUUUCUAUGGUAGACACACCAACUGGUAAAACCCACCAACAUAGUACUUUAAUCUGUUAUCCUUUAUCAAUAUUGUGAUCCAUUCCUCAAUCAAUUUAUCUCAUCACCCUUCCUCAAUCAAUUUAUCUCAUCACCCAUCAAUAGUCAACUGUCCCUGUCAGAUCUCCAUAGCAUGCACCUUAAACAGUCUCUGUCUCCUCAGAUAACCAUCUCUCUCUCAUCUCCUCAGCUUCCCUAUAGCUUUACUAACAUGGUGAUAAAUGAGUCCUAGAUGAAAGUAGUUCUCUUUAGACCACAGAAUGCCUCUCAGCUCUCUCUCGUCGUAGUGAUCCCUGCUUCUGCUUUCGCUUCAGUGCUUCUUAGAAGCUCUGUAGUUGAGUCCAACAUGGAACUCUAUUCCCUAGAUAGUGCACUAGUGGACAAAAGUAGUGCACUAUCUAUGGAAUAGAGUUCCAUUUCAGACUAACGCGAACUUGUUGUCUCUCUCUGCUGUUAUUUAGUCAUGGCUGUAGGCUAUUUAGGCUUCAUUUUACCCUCUCUUACUGUUAUGCAUGACUUUUCCUCUUCAUCGUUACUCAUUACAAAUACAACAAGGAAAAGAAGUGUGUAUUACUGUUACUGUGAACAGACUGUAGGGACAGUCCUCUAGUCACACUUGUCUUUCUAUUAUUAUGAUGUUUUAUCCCAGUGCAGGUGCGCUAACUUUGCUUCCAUGGUAUAUUCAGUCAGUCAGAAUAGGAACUUCACCAAUCCUUCUAGUCAGUCAGUCAGAAUAGGAACUUCACCAAUCCUUCUAUUCAGUCAGUCAGAAUAGGAACUUCACCAAUCCUUCUAUUCAGUCAGUCAGAAUAGGAACUUCACCAAUCCUUCUAUUCAGUCAGUCAGAAUAGGAACUUCACCAAUCCUUCUAUUCAGUCAGUCAGAAUAGGAACUUCACCAAUCCUUCUAUUCAGUCAGUCAGAAUAGGAACUUCACCAAUCCUUCUAGUCAGUCAGUCAGAAUAGGAACUUCACCAAUCCUUCUAGUCAGUCAGUCAGAAUAGGAACUUCACCAAUCCUUCUAGUCAGUCAGUCAGUCAGAAUAGGAACUUCACCAAUCCUUCUAGUCAGUCAGUCAGUCAGUCAGUCAGUCAGUCAGUCAGUCAGUCAGUCAGUCAGUCAGUCAAAAUAAGAACUUCACCAAUCCUUCUAUUCAGUCAGUCAGAAUAGGAACUUCACCAAUCCUUCAUGUCUAUAUAGGAGUUACAGGGAAGCACAUAUCAUCUUUAUACUGGAUCUGUGUUUUUGUCUUUAUGGCACAGCUAUGUUCCACUGUCAUUGUAUGACUUUUAUAUUUUUGUAUACAAAGACGAAACAUCUGGUGCUUUGAAACCCUAGCCUGGUUAAGCCAGACUGAAUGCCCCACUGACUUGGUGAAACAGAGCAUAGCAGUCAGGAUUCCAGGCUAUUGAACACCCACGUUGUAGCCAAGCUACACAGGGAUACGUGGAGCUGUGAACAAUAAACAGUGGUUUUAAAAGUCUUUAGCUUUUUAAAACCUGACUCUUAUUUGUAAUGAUUUCAUUUAAUUUCCUUUCUCUUUUGUAGACUUCAUGUUUGUACUUUUACAUGGUCCGGUUGAGAAAGUGGACUUUUAUUUUGUCGCCCAAAUAGACCAACAACAUUAACGUUGUUCUUGUUCAAGUCUCUUGUUCAACAGUGUUGUACCUCGGUAUACUCAGUCAGUCUUAAGAAAGGUUGUUUGCAUUCGUUAAGUGGUCAUAUAAAAAAGGCAAAUGAAGUGCUCUAUUAAGUCUUUUUCUACUGUUUCUGUGUCCAAUGGAAAUAUGAUUUGUGUCCCGAAAGCUAAUGUAAGCAUGUCCUGAAUAAAGUUUGAGGGGAAAAGUGUAA